CAGAUCUCACAGCCCUUAAAGGAGUGUUUGCCAAUAGCUUAUAAUAAGCACCACCAAGUAUUAGAAUCAACAGAGCCCAUCAGCUUGUGCACGAGCCACUCACUUGGGAACUCUACCACUAUUCUCCAGGUUGCUUCUGUCCACUAUGACUGUGACAUGGAAGCUAAAACUGCAAUAUGGAGCAAUGCUUUUCUCAGUGGUGGGAUGUGUUCUGACCUGUGUAAGCACCUAUGUUCCACUAUGGAAAUUGCUGAACUUAGAUCUUAAUGAGAUGGAGACCUGGAACAUGGGAUUGUGGCAGAUAUGCGUAGUGCAGGAAGAAGGAGGGAUGCAGUGCAAAUAUUAUGAUUCUUUUUUGGCAAUGCCUUAUGAUCUCAGGAUAUCAAGGAUUUUAAUGUUUCUUGCCGAUGGCUUUGGAGUCACUGGUCUCAUCAUGUCUAGCUUUGGCAUAGACUGCUUAAAGUUCGAAGAAGAAAUAAAGAAGAAACUGUCCAUCUGUGGAGGAACACUUCUGUUGGUCUCAGGCAUCACUUUAUUGGUUCCUGUAUCCUGGAUAGCUUACAAUACAGUCCAGGAAUUUUGGGAUGAGUCCAUUCCAGAUAUUGUGCCUAGGUGGGAAUUUGGGGAUGCUGUGUUCAUGGGCUGGUUUGGAGCUUUCUUUCUUCUGCUGGGUGGCUCAUUGCUGCUGUGCUCCAUGAUGAUUGCAACCAAGCCCACCUUUGCUCUCAACAAAACCUCAGGAGAACAGUAUCCGCUUGCACAUACAUCACUCAGGUAUCCAGAUCAACUUGCACUUACAGCACUUAGGCAUCCAGAUCUGACAGUCUGA